AUGACUACGGAUGUGCAAUUUUCAAGUCAGGAAAUCGAGCUUUUCCGUGUCAAAGAAUUCUUGAUUGCUAAUAAUCCAGCAAAGAUCAACAAUGAAAAUAAGGAUGCUGUUUUAACUCAGAUUGAGCAUGAUUUCAGGUAUUUAAUACAGUAUAUCAAGGACGGAUUACCGAACUUAAAUGAGUCCACAAGGUUAAUUUUUCCAGAUACCUUUUCGAUCUGUUUACUAAGGAGCCAUCAAAUAAUUGCAAGCAAAAAAAUUGACUCUCAAGAAUUUUUAUCGGCGGUAAAAGAGCAACUCUUAACUGAAGCGAAUGCAAAUAUUAUCUUUGAAUAUGUUCUUGACUUUUGGGCUGAUGGUGGAGCCCCACUGAUGAAUGCCUUGAGAGAUUUAUUCAGUAAACUACUGAACUUAUUGAAAAUCACAUAUCCUAUGUCAACCUUGAAGGAUGUUUUAUUUAAUUGGAUGAAUGAAAUAUUAGAAGUACCAUCUACGUUGCGUGUUCAGUAUUACUUGAUUGAUGCCCUUUCUUCUGAUUUUGACCUUUAUUAUAUUAUAGAAAAAAAGCCUCAUUUCAUCGAUAACUCUUUUUCAUUAAUGAACUCUGAUUUGCUAGCAAAUUCGGUAGGUAAAUGCAUUGUUAGUUUGCUGUUAAACAUUUACGAAAAGCAUUUCAAAAAGAACGAGUCUUUUGUACAAGAAUGGAUACAAUUAUGGAAAAGUUGUGCUUUAAAGUACAUUCACGACAAACAAUACACCAAAUCCAUUAAUCUGUAUAUUAUGAUUCCAUUAUUCAAAAAUAUGCCAAACUCGGCCUUCACACUUUUCCUAGAAUGUAUGUCUAACAAAGACCCAUCACUUUUGCUCUCACUUUUAAAGAUUGGCCAAGAAUUGGGGAUUGAAGAAGAACCAUUUUGUGAUAAUAAAUAUACCACUGUAGAUUCUGUUAACAAACUCAUAGAGCAAGAUGAGUAUAAACUUCAGGUAUUUGAAAUACUGACCUUUUCGACAAAAAAGUCAAAGCCUAUUCGUCCCUUCGUCUUCAAAACUAUAAAACAGUACCUAUAUGUGUUCUUCGUGGACACUGAACUUGAACGCAGAAAUUACUUUUGCAGUUCGAUGAAACACUUUAUAUUUAGAACCAGAGACUGCGCAUACUCUUUAGCUAGGGAUGCCAGAAAGCUUAAAAAGGCUGAGAAAUUUCCGGACGAACAGAGGGAAAAGUUGGCGCAAGUUGAGGAGGCUAGAGCCUUUUUGGUUUGGCUAUGCAAUUUUAUAAAAUAUAAUUUGGCCCCUGGUACUUUAUAUCAGGCGAACGUGACCUCAUUAAAACUUAUGCACAUUCUGAUCAAGUCUGGUGUUGAUAAAUCUACUCCACAAAAAUUUUUAGACAACCAAAAUAAGAGGGAAUAUCCUUUUUCUAUCCCAAUUUUACAGGAUGUCACAUUUUUAAGGUUGCUCAUUGACCUUUUGGUUAGUAAUUAUGCUGACGUGCGCGAAUUAUCUAAAGAAAUGCUAUUUAUAAUGAUAAGCGCUGAUGAAUCUAGAGGUCUUUUUUUGGAUACCUUAGACGCAAAUGCUUUGAAGUGGACUGCAACCUCUCUUUUAAGUGACUAUGAGAAAGGUGAUGCUGGAGCUACCGUAUAUGAGUUCAUAUUCACAGUCAUGGGCUCUCAAAGAAGCUUCAUUGACCAGACAAUUGAUAUAUUAGCGCAGAUGGUACAAAAUUUGCAAAAUGACAGCAUUGGUUGUGCAGAAAAUUCAAUCGGUCCUCACUUUGCUGCACUAAGCUUGAUUUUGAAUAAGUUUAACUCUGAAGAAAACCAUCAAGAUACUUCAAAAAUAAUCUCAAAAUUAAUAAAUCUUGUACUCAAGAGCUGGGAAGCAACGAGAAAUGUAGUGUGUCAUGAUUCUGCCCAUGGAAUACUACCUGAAAAAUAUGCUAAUUGUGGUGUACCGGACCAAGUUAUAAUAAGUCACGCAUUUAGGGCGAUAAAAGAAGCAUCAUAUUUACUUGAAACAAUAUUAAAAAAAUACCCUUUAACAAGAGAUCAAUUAGACAGUAUCGGCGAUCUUUUUAUUGUUCAGCUUUCUACUAUUCGUCAUAGUGGCGCCUUCCAAGCCGUUUUACCGGGGCUAAAGGCAUUUUGUAUUCGUUGUCAACUUGAAUUUCCCGCUAUUCUGGAAGAACUUUUAAGCAAGAGUGUAAAAUCUUUAAAAUCCAAAACUCAACAUAUUACAAGAAGGUCAGGAGGCUUGCCUUUCUUGGUCACAACCGUCUUAAGUGCAGAAGUUACCAAAGGGAGACCUUUGUUACAAAAAACUUUUGAAAACUUACUACUCGUUGCAAGGUUACCAAUUCCUCCCCAUCAAGAUGAGUUUGAUUUACCACAGGUUAAUGCUAUUAAUUGUAUAAACGCAAUCUUUGUUGAACCGAAGCUCUCUGUACACUGUACGUCAUUUGUCUCAGAGGCAUUAGAACUAGCUUUAUUGAAUUUCGACUGUGAUAUAUGGGCUCUAAGAAACUGUUCUAUCAUGCUGUUUACCUCCUUGCAAAAUAGAAUUUUUGGAAAAGUGGGCAGAAGCGUUAGUGCAAAAUUAUUCUUUACCAAAUAUUCUGGCUUGAGGCAACUGCUUUUGAAUAUUCUAAACAGUUCUAUUGCUCAAUAUUCGGGAAGUGAAAGAAAAUCAUAUCAAAUUGAAAGCAUUUUCUUGGUCCUUAAUGUGCUACUGAGGUUACGGCCUACAGCUGGCUAUACUGGUCUAAAAGAAUUCAACGUUUCUGUUUAUGAAUGUUUAUCAAAUGAGAACUGGAAGAUCAGAGAUAUGGCCUCUAGAGUAUUGCAUAUGCUGUCGGAAAAUUUUGAAGAAGAGAUAAGAAAAUUACUUGACUUGGCUUCUAUCGCGAAGCAAAACCAGUUACAUGGACACUUACUAGCACUCCAACAACUAGUACCACAAUACCUUUCAGGAACUAGAGAUAUGGAGUUGAUUCAAAGGAUACUUGAAAAGAAAAGGAUGCUUCUACUAGAGAACAAGUGCUUUAUCACUAAAAAGGCCUACUUAAAAUUGACCUGCUGUAUAUUGGAAACAUGCGACAUACCUGAUUCUAUUUUAAAAGAUUAUAUCAGCACUUUGCGGAACACAUUUAUUGCUGAAAAUAACGAAUAUGUUGUGGAUGGUAGCAAACAGCUAUAUCUUGCACAAAUCUUAGACAUGCUCUUAAAAUAUGAGGAUAGUAUAUAUCUCGAUGAUAUUUGCUUAUUAGGAUUGUAUUCUCCAUUUUAUGAGGCUCAGCUCAGUACACUACAGUACAUGAAUACUAACUUUCACUGGGAAACUACAAGAAACUCAGAAUUUCUUGAACAACUACAAUUAUUACUCAGGGUUCCAGAUUUGCUGCCUAUGGCUAAAGCUUUAGUAGUGAAAAUUCUCUCAAGAAAAAAGAAUACUUUAUCCCUGACGACCUGCACUGAUCUCCUAAAAACAAAUAAUAGUGAAGAUACAAAACUUGCUGCCGUUUCAUCACUAAGUGCUAAAUUGUCUUCGCAAACCUUUCACCAGGUAUGGAACUUGUUACAAGGAUUUUUCGCCGAUUCUUGUUCAAAAGAUUUUAGAUUGGCAUCUUUAGAAUGUUUAACUGCUUAUCCAGAAAGUUGUAAGAACUCCAGAAUACUAUUACAACUGUACAACUUCUUAUGGGACGAUGAUUCUGAAAUAAGAGAAAAGGCUUCUUUUUAUUUGAAUAAGAACUUUAUUCAAACUGCAGACUGGGAAUAUAACAGGAACACCAGUGUGACCGCUCUUAUAUUCACAAAAAAGUUUGUUGACGUAUUCACAAGUUCUGAGGUGGUAGAAGAGUUGUGUUUACAGUUGUUUCAAUAUCUAAAUGAAUAUGAUAUGUUUGCUGCCGAAGAAUCGGCGAAGAAUUGUCUAUUUACUAUAGAAAAGGAUAACCAGUUCAUCAACGAACUACAAAAGGCAAUGCAUAUAUUAAAUAUGAUAAAAUUGACUGGAAGGGAUAUCUCAAAGUGUUACAAAGACCAGAUACAUCACCUAAAAAGUGCUCUAUUGGAGCACUUCAACACCGAGGAUUUUAAAGAUUCCCCACUCGGCUGGUGCUCUAAUGCUGAAAUAUUUUCAAGAAUAACGCUUUUAAAGGAACUGAUUCAACAUUAUUCUCCUUCUGAUUAUGAGAAUUUUAUCAAUGUUCUGACUAAACAUUCUGUUCAUCCCCUAAUUAUCAGUUAUUCCCAAUUAUAA